AUGGAAGCAUUAGAGACAAGUAUUAACUAUUGGGAGGACGCAUUGGCUGCAUUUUCGGUAAAUGCGCGGGGCGGGGGAGCUGGUACUCUAGCGCUGACGUCACCCGAAGAAGCAGAGUUUUGUAGAGAAAUACAAGAAUUACUUCAGAAUGCAUAUUUAUUACAGGAGCGGUGCGAAUUAUUGUUCCUUGACCAGCGAUCGGUUUUAUUUCGAUCCGAGAGCGGGGGCGGCGAAGGCUCAUUGGGUAGAGUGAGGCUUUUAUCUACACAUACUGCACACACUGGGUCUGAGCAUACGCGGAAAGAACACCACUCCAGUGCUGAGUCAUUCGCCUCUGCUGAGGACCAAGUAGCCGAUCUGAGGGAUUUCGAUGAUCUAACGGAAUCUCUACCGGAAAUCGAAAAUUUAGAAUUAUAUCAAAUGGCACUCAAACAGCUGGAAACUGGAAUACCAUAUAGAACACUUCGCACGGAUGUAUUGCAAUGCAGUUCCGAUUCGGAGUUCUUGUGCAAGUUGCACUGCCUGCGUGUUGCGUUCCGCGCUGUCUUCCGUGAGGUUGAAGCGUGGGCUUGGUUCAUUGAUGCUGGUCGGCAGGUCCUAACUGAUUUGCUACUUUUUGCAGACAAGGAGCCGAAAGAAUUUCUGGUUGCAUAUGAGGAGAUGGUGACAUGGGCGAUAGACCCCGCAAACUGGACAGUUAUUGAAAGUGAACUCACCAGUAAAGGAGUUAAGGUACUCACGUUCUAUGACGUGGUAUUAGACUAUAUCUUGCUGGACGCAUUCGAAGACUUAGCGGCACCACCAGCUUCUGUAUUAGCUGUUGUACGAAAUCGUUGGCUCUCAGAUGGAUUUAAAGAAACCGCUCUCACAACAGCAGUAUGGUCGGUUAUCAAAGCCAAGCGGCGUUACCUACAGCACCCUGACGGUUUUAUGGCUCACUUCUAUUCAAUAUCGGAACACCUGUUACCAGUCCUAGUCUGGGGCUUCCUCGGGCCUCGGGAACGUCUAAAAGACGUUUGUGAAUCAUUUCAAUCCGAAAUUGUCGGUUUCAUUUCGGACUUGUUCAGUUUUCAAAAGUCACGAUACACGACAGUGGAUGACCUUGCAUCAGACAUCAUGAACCAUGCGAGGACAAGAGCAGCAAGUAUCACCGACAAGUUAUCGGAAAGAAAUUAA